AUGACAGUAAAAAUAUCUAUCUGCCUCUCUUCACCUCCUCGUUCGCAAGAUCAGUACCGUCAAUCUCUCCGCCAAGGAGAUCGGAGAAGACAUCACCAAGGAGACCGCCAAGGACUAGAACUCUGGAACGGCCUCCGCGUCACCGUCCAGAACCAGGCCAAGGUCUACGUCCCUGCUGCCGCCAUCGUCGUCAAGGACCGGAGUUCGAGCUCGACCGGCGAAGACGAAGCGAAAGGUUGUGUCGACAGGUCGUCAAUCGGGUCGAAGAGGCUCGAGUCUGCUGGUAUACCCAUAAACUUCCAGAAAGUCGAUCCCUCCAAGGUUACACCGGAUGCUCAUUUCCAGAAAGAUCUUGGUUUAGAUAGUUUAGAUGCUGUGGAGAUUGUGAUGGCACUUGAAGAGGAGCUUGGGUUUGAGAUCCCAGACAAUGAAGCAGACAAGAUCAACUCCAUUGGCCUUGCUGUUGACUUUAUAUCCUCUCACCCUCAGGCAAAGUAG